CCCCGUGCAACUUGUAACCCUAACUCUCUCAUCUUCCUAUACUUAUAGCCAACACAAAAACUCUAUCAUGAUUGAAUCUCUAUCCAGCUGGUUGACCCCCACUGUUCUCUUCUGCGUCUUGAACCUCAUGAUUGGUACUAUUCUCAUUACUUCUACCUUCAAAAAUAAUGACAAAAAACAACAAGAAGAAGGCGAAGAACAUAGUACUAAUAACUUACCUCGAACUCCAUCUUUAUUACAGCGUGUUAGGUCUGUUAACUUGUCUUUCCCUGAUCCAUUUAGUUCCCCUUUAACUACUAAUACUACUCCUACUUAUUUCACGGACAACUACAACCAUAGUCCAUCUUUACUUCAACGUGUCAGCUCCAUGAACUUCUCUUUCUCUUCCCGGUCAGCCGAAAAGCCCAGCCCAUUUCCCUCUCUUGAUCAAGAUGAACAACAACCUCACAACGACGUCAUUGAAACUGAAACUACUCAUGAAGAAGAAGAAGAUUUGCAAUGUCACGUAUCAAGAAGCAAAUCUGCCACAUGCCUGGAAACUAGUACCAUAAAGAAGGAGCUGAUGCAACUGGCGGCGGAGGAGAAGGAGAAGGAGAAGGAGAAGGAGAAGGAGAAGGAGGAGGUGGAAGUCCGUAGGCGGCCGGCGACGGUGAGGGAGAGAAAGGAGGAUGAAGCAGUUGAUAGGAAAGCGGAUGAUUUUAUUAGCAAGUUUAGAGAGCAGUUGAAGAUGCAAAGAGUUGAUUCUAUUUUAAGGUACAAGGAAAUGUUGAACAGAGGAGUCUCCAUUUAGGACAAUUAUAUAGUACUCCUAAGUAGCAAAUCCUUGGUUUUCUGUAAUUCAAAACUGAAGAUCUCUCUUCAUGAUUCCUCUUGCACAGUUCAAGAAAUUUGAUCAGUAUGUUGUCAAGUAAAGAAAAUAAAAUUGAGUUCGGGUAGAAAAGAUUAGGUUGUCACAUUUUAUUUAGUUGAGUCGAGGACAUGAGAAGAUUUGCAGGUCGUGAAUAAAGAUAGCAGGGUAUUAGAUAGUCAAGAGUUACUGUUACUAGUUAGUAUUGGCCUAGUAUCUUGUUCUUCUUCUACUUUUCUAUUACCUAUUCCUUCAUUUGUUCUGUUUA